AUGGUUAACGACUUGCAAAAAAAACACAAUUUUUAUUCAAUGUCUGAUACUGUCGCUGUUAACUUUUCUUCUCCAUCAAUCAUUUCUAUUCAAUCAGUAUCUUCAAAUUCAUCAUCAUCAUCAUCGUCUGAUAACAAUGAUUAUGAAAUAAAAGUUAACACUGGUUCUGACUUAUUAUUUGUUUCAAAGAAAAAACUUAUUCAAUUUCAACCAACAAAUCCUGAUAUAUUUCAUUCAUCAAAUUUUAAUGGACCAUCAUUUAAACAAAUUAUUCUUGUUUUUAUUUUACUUGUUGCAGUUACAUCAUUAUGUUCAUAUUUAUAUAAAGAUUCAUUAAUUAAUAUUUUACUUAUACUUGAUACAUUACCAUGGUGGUGGACAUUUCUAUUUUUUUGUGUUUUAUUCACACUAGUUUCUUUACCAUUUGCUUGGGGCAACAUUGGUUUAUCAUUAUCAUUUUAUAUUUGUAAUUAUAUUUUAACACAUAAUUUUCGUAUUAUUAAAAAUUUAAAAACAACAUUUGAAAGUAGUGAAAUUAUUCAAACAUUAAUUAAAGUUCUUAAUAGUGUAGAUGGUUAUAAAAUUAUUUUUCUUAGUCGACUUACACCGAUUCCUCUUGGUUUACAAAACGGAUUUUAUUCAAUAAGUAAUAUACCAUUUCGCAUUUAUCUUUUUUGGUCAUUAUGUGGUUUAAUACCAACACAAUUUAUUUAUUGUUUACUUGGUUCACGUCUUCAUUCAAUGACAGAUUUAAUGUUAAUUGAUAAACGAACAAAAACUGUCGGAAUUGUUGUUGGUCUUUGUGAAUGUUUGAUGACACUUGUUUUAACGUAUUAUGUAUUUCAUACAGCAAAAAAAGUACUGAAUAAGUUAUUACUUGAAACAUCAGCAUCGAGUGAAUGUUUGAUUGCUGUUAAACAAUAA